UGUGUGAAUUCAAUUCUAUACAAGUCAAAAUACAUGUGAAACACAACUAAAGGGACAGAUGGCUUCAUACGACAGUACAGCGGCAUCACUGAAAACUGCAGCGCGUGAAGAUGUGAGAUCCUGCAAGAAGUGUCCCCCGACAGUUAGAUGGGCUGUUGCUAUAGCAGCAAUAUCACUGCUCAUCACAUUCAUCUUAUCCUUCAUUUUGUUUGCCAACUGGGGAGCAGCACCAAAAGAGGAUCCAACCUUUCACAAAAAACAGGUGGAACAUCUGCAGCAGUGCCAAAGAGAGUGCCAUGAUCUGAAAAUGAUGCUGCAUUCUGCCACUCAGGACCCCAGAUGCCGUCUGUGUCCUGAUGGCUGGCUGUGGUGGAGGAGUCACUGCUACUUUUUCUCGGUCGGACUCCAAGAAGACUGUCGGUGGAACGAGAGCGUCGAGUUCUGCCGGCAGCAGAACAGCAGCCUGGUUGUGAUCGAAGACUCUGCAGAGAUGGAUUUUCUCCAAGGAGUUAUGAGACACGCCACAAAAAGUCCUUUCCUGUGGGUUGGACUGACGGACGGCCAACAGGAGGGACGCUGGCUGUGGCUGAGUGGGAGCGAAGUCCAGAACCACUUGCCAGUGGUUGUGCAGUGGGACAGUGAUGACAGGGACUGUGCAGACCUGAGGGGAGGUGGGACUCUGUUUGCUGCUGACUGUGAAGAGCACGGACCCUGGAUCUGCAAGAGAGAGUCCUGACGGGCCUCCACACCCUUCUUAUCAAUCUUUUAUUAACAAAUUGCAGUCUGAAGGAGAUGUGGAGUUUCAUAUUGCCAGGAAACAUCAAACCAGCCCUACAGAAUGCUACAGUGAAAAAAUACUUUAUUGGUGGAGCUUAACAGUUUAAGAAAAAUGCAGAUUUUUCAACAACAUCAAGUUAUUCAUGACUACAGUUUGUUCUGAAAGCCCAGUUUAAAGUGCAUGCAUGUAAAAAGAAGCAUAGCAUGCUUUUACCUUAAUAAAUGAUAAUUGGUUUAUGGUUA